AUGACGUUGCGUCGGCUUUCCAUUGGGCCCUACAUCCCAAAUGUCGCCAGGUGUGAUAGAUCUGAUCCGGUUGCGGAAAAAAAAAACGCCAUGCCUGCCGAGACUAAUCAAGCUUGCUUGUCUUUGUGUGCAACAGGGUGGUGCCCGAGGAUGUGAGGCUUCUGAAGGUAAGCAAGAAAAACCCGAAUCCUGCAAAAGACGGCCUGAUGCCUCCAUGUCAGUAAGCGGGCGGGCGAACAGGCGUCAGUCAGUAUGCAUCGGUCUCACCUCUCCUCCGUCUCUCAGCCAAGAAACACAAAGGGUCAUACGGCGAGCCGAAGUACAUGUCCAAGUACUUGAAGGACAGCAAGACUGCCGUCUCGUGGCUCAAAGUUCCUGCGGAGCCAAUCACCGUGCCCGCCAAGAUGGAGGACCAUGUGGCCUUCAGUCUCUCUGUUGACACACUGGACACCCGUCGGGAGGGAAUGAAAGACGAGGCGGACUUUUUCCGGGUGAGUACAUGAUCACACGCACACACGUUGGUACGAGUGUUUGUCUGGCGCUGUCUCUCGGCGCAUUCAGAGCUUCCCAAAGGGCAUGUUUGAAGUGCGGCUUCACUCACUCACUGGUGUUUUCAGAUCAUCAGAUGCGUCCGCGAGACACGUUGCAUUUCACUGUCGUUUUGUCUCUGUCUGUCUGUCCAUCUGUCUGUCUGUCUGUCCAUCUGUCUGUCUGUCUGAUUGUCCGCGUUUGUCUCUGGCCCAUAAGGUGACGCCCCAUCUCGAGGACCCGCGGGUUCUCGAUGUCUCAGUCCACUGCGAGGUCAGACAAUGAUUUAUCUGUCCAUCUCACCUAUCCUUCCUCCCUCCCUCCCUCGUCGUUGGCACGUGUGUUUGUUUAUGUAGCUGCCGGUUGACGCCAAGUGCGCCGAAGCCCACGUCACAUUCCAGCUCUACGAGUCCGUUUCCAGUCCGCCCACCAUCACACAAACAGACAAGUACCCCUGCAUCAUCUGCUCUCCUCUGCUUGUCUCCAGUCUUGAGCAUCCCAGCGGAGAGGGAGUAG